UUUAAUUUAUGAUUCUCUACUACCUUAAGCACAUAUCUUUGAAACAGUAGUGAAAGUAUAUGAAAUCCAACUAAAGAAAUCUGGAAAAGACAAAAUCAACCCUCCCCUCCCCGACACAUCGCAUCGGUUCUCCACAGCUGUCUUCAACUCUCCCGGUCGGAAAUUAAAGCACACCCACACUUAACGACGCCAUUUUCACCAGAGAAAUCUAAAUAUCUCCCCCCCCCCCACAAAUUCCUAGGGUUCUCUCUCAAAUCCUUACUUUCCAAUUCCGUAUUGUUAGGGAUUUGAAGCUAGUCCGGAUCGGGUAACGAACUGGAAGAUGAUAGACAAUUGCUUGGGAGCUCAAAGAUCUAGAAAGAUCCAGAGAGCUCUCCGUCAUUGCAAGGUCACCAUCCUCUGCCUCGUCCUCACCCUCGUCGUCCUACGUGGCACUAUCGGAGCCGGUAAAUUCGGGACUCCGGGACAGGACCUCGCCGAGAUCCGCGACCACCUCUAUUCCCGGAAACGUGGCGAGCCGCAUCGCGUCCUCGAAGAAGUCCAAACGACUUCCUUAGAUAAACACGACGGCGCCGACACCAACGCCGGCACCAAUAACUACAACGAGUUCGACAUCAAUAAGAUCUUAAUCGACGAGGAACCAGACGUCCCGAAACGCGAUCCCAACGCGCCCUAUUCGCUCGGGCCCAGAAUCUCCGAUUGGGACGAGCAACGCUCUAGAUGGCUGCAAGAAAACCCUAAUUACCCAAAUUUCAUCGGUCCAAACAAACCGAGGGUUCUCUUAGUCACUGGUUCAUCUCCCAAACCUUGUGAGAACCCUGUCGGUGAUCAUUACUUAUUGAAAUCGAUCAAGAACAAGAUCGAUUAUUGUAGAUUACACGGGAUCGAGAUAUUUUACAACAUGGCGCUGUUGGAUGCUGAAAUGGCAGGGUUUUGGGCGAAAUUGCCGUUGAUUCGAAAGCUUUUGCUCUCGCAUCCGGAGGUGGAAUUCUUGUGGUGGAUGGACAGUGACGCCAUGUUUACUGACAUGGCAUUUGAGGUUCCUUGGGAAAGGUAUAAAGACUCCAACUUUGUUAUGCACGGUUGGAAUGAAAUGGUUUACGAUCAGAAGAAUUGGAUUGGGCUAAACACUGGGAGUUUUUUGUUGAGGAAUGGGCAAUGGGCACUUGACAUUCUUGAUGCUUGGGCUCCAAUGGGUCCUAAAGGCAAGAUUAGGGAAGAAGCAGGGAAGGUUUUGACCCGGGAGCUUAAGAAUAGACCCGUUUUCGAAGCCGAUGAUCAGUCUGCAAUGGUUUAUUUGUUGGCUACUCAAAGGGAGAAGUGGGGUGAUAAGGUUUACUUAGAGAAUUCUUAUUAUUUGCACGGUUAUUGGGGGAUCUUGGUUGAUAGAUAUGAGGAAAUGAUUGAGAAUUAUCACCCAGGUUUAGGGGAUCAUCGUUGGCCGUUGGUGACCCACUUUGUGGGGUGCAAACCUUGUGGUAAGUUUGGGGAUUACUCGGUGGAGAGGUGCUUGAAGCAAAUGGAUAGAGCAUUCAAUUUUGGGGAUAAUCAGAUUCUUCAGAUUUAUGGGUUCACUCACAAGUCAUUGGCCAGUAGAAGGGUUAAGAGAGUACGAAACGAGACCAGUAAUCCGCUUGAGGUGAAAGAUGAGCUUGGACUGCUUCAUCCGGCUUUUAAAGCCGUUAAGGUAUCCUCUUCUUGAGGAUAUAGGCUUUGUAUGAUAUCUUAUGCUGCUAAAUUAUAGGUUACAGUAUUCAAAUGUUGUGUAUGCAGUGGGAAUUUUGUGUUUACGGUCUGGAUAAAUAGUAUUCUUUUGUUCCUCGUCUUUAAAUUAUGAGUUCUUUAUAUGCUUUCCGAAUGAAAACUUAGCUCAUUGUUCUUUCCACAGCUAUUCAUUUUUUGUAGCUUAUAAGCAAACUUGAUUCUGUCAAUGUUUUAACAUGGUGAUAUAUGUUACUGCAUUUGUAAUUCAA